UUUGCCAAUUUCACGAUCAUACUUUUCAGUCGAAAUUACAGUUUAACCUACAGCGCAUCGCAAGUGUAAACAAUCAAUCAAAUGGUUAAAAAGAAUACCAAGCUCCGCAGAAACUCCGAGCAAAGAUGCAUCUCUACGAGCAACCUGCAGCCAAGGGAGGAUCGAGCAGCAGAGGCCCUGACGACCUUUCCACCGCUGAGUCUAGAGGUUCGCUAUCCGGACACGGCUAUUCUCCUGCUCAAAAGUCCGGAGAAGCCGAUUCUUCUCGCUGCGGCAGCUGCACUCGCCCAGUACGGCGAGAAAGCCAGGAAGAACCUGGAAGCUCUUUUCGACCUGGACAUCACCGACAGCGUGCUCGGGUUGAUCCGACACGAAGACGUGUUCACCAGGAGGUUCGCCUUGAAGCUCCUGGCUCUGAUGUCGGCUGUGCCAAAUGUUCGAACUCACCUGCUGGAGGCCAACACGUACAUCGAGUUUUUCACUGAGAUGCUCGUCAGCGAGUCCGACGUCUUUCUUCAGGAAUUCGCCUCCCGUAUUCUCGCCGAACUGUCGAGCGAUCCCUCGGGCUCGGCGAGUUUUUCGGACAAGUUCGAGGAUCUCAGCUUCUUGUUCGAGAAGAUAAAAGCCGAGGAUCCCGACGUCAAGAAGAACUGCAUGGAGAUCGUCGUAAACUUGCUGAAGGAUUUUCGGGGCUUCGAUCUCGUCACUAGGUCAAAGGACUUGAGUUUCCAGGCUGUCUAUGAAUUGUUCAAGCAGCCCUAUCCGAUUAUGCAGCAGCUCUCCCUGGACGGCGUCGAGCGUCUUGUGAUGCAUAAUGCAGACGACUGGCUGCAAGAAACUUUUCGACGCUCGGAUGGUCUUGGGCACUUGCUCGAUAUUUUGGACCAAGAGGAGUGGAAGGACCUGCACGUUAAAGCGCUGAGAGUGCUGGGCUUGGCGUGCGACAAUAAUAAAACGUCGGAGCUUAUGAAUAGCAGCGACGGGACGAAGCUUUUAUUAGGAUUCCUGGAAAAAACGCCCGACGAGGAGUUGAAACAUCGGGCGCUGAGUAUUUUGGUUCGCCUGGCUGACGGCGUUAAUGGAAGAAGGGUUCUACAUUCCCGAGGACUAACCGAUCACCUGCUAAAGUAUCUGGAAGUUGAUAAGGCGAAAUCCGAGGUUCAAGCCACCGUCUGUCUGGGAAUAGCGAAGAUGUCCCAGUACAAUCCAGCCAACGAAGAGAUCGCUCGGGCGAAUCCCGUGAACUACAUUCUAAAUUUACUCAACAACGAACAGACGGGAUGGACGGAGCGACAGACGGCAGCUUUCGCGCUGAAAGAAUUGUUUUCCUGCGACUACCAGAACUGCAUCAAUUUCAUAGACAGUGACGGGCAGGUAAAUAAUAAUAAGCACUUGAUGCGGAUGGUAAACCGACCGGAGACAGAUGUCCCUUGGGAGACCCAAGUCACCGUCGUCCAGGCUAUUUCAGCGAUCGCCGACUACCCCAGCCUGGCUUACGACUUGAUCGACUUGGAUCUAUUUUCCGCGCUCUGCUCUGCCAUCGAGCCGGACAGUACAGCUCCAGCCGAUCUGAAAAUCGCCGGCAUCGACGCCCUGUGCCGCUUCUCCUCGAUCUCCUCGGCUCGUCGGCUCCUGAUCCACGCGAAGCUUCCCCAGAAGCUCUGCCACCUGGUAACCUGUCCGGACCACCCGAUACCCGUCCGAGAAGCCGGAAUCCGCCUCGUCCUCCUCCUCUGCGCCGAGCCUCUAUUCGCUCAGCUCUGUGUCCAGCAGGGACUCCUCGUUUGUCUGCUGAAGAACCGCGGCGCAGCCUCCCGUAACAUCCCGACGUGGGCCGCCUGUGUGGAGGCUCUAUUCAGCGCGGAUUUGCCGGUGAAGUUCGCCUACACGGGCCGACUCGCGCUGCACGACGUCACGCGGGAUGGAUUUUACGCGAUGCGCCGGAGCUCCUGUCCAUUUCCUGUGCUGGAGGAACUCUUCCGUCUAAAGCUCUGUCCACUGGAGCCCAUUUACGUGGCUAAUUUCGCCGACGGUCCGGAACCAGACGACGAGGAGGACGACGAGUAUCUCGCCAGCAAACGCGCCGCCUUCGACGCGGCUCGAGCUACGAUGAGACGCGAGAGUCAAGCUCGAGGCAUACGAGUGUCCGAGGGGACGAUCAACGCCUGGCUCGAGCUCAAGUUUGGCAGACUACAACCGGACCCUCAGCUGCAAAGCUAUUUGAGGAUGUUUAGGGCCGAGCUUGCGGUUGUCGAGGGACGCGGAGAUGGAGACUCGUCGAAUCCGAAGCAAGCGACGAGCUAUACGAUGUCACGUACGCCGCGCUUCUGCCCCACGAUCCCUAGUCCGAGCCUCGUGCACGUCUCGAAGAUCAGUUCCCGAGCUCGACUUCUGGGCGACUUUGUGUCUCGUCAGCUGUCGGGUGUCAGCCCGAACAACGGCUCCUGCGUGGACCAGCAGCUGGAGCUUCAUCUGAGGGCUAUAAAGGAUAAUAUCGAGACCAGCGUCAUACCGCUCGGUCAGCUCAGAGUCGGUUCUUACCUGGAACGAGCUAUGCUGUUCAAGGUCAUGGCCGACAGGAUCGGACUACCCGCGUGUCUGGUGCGCGGCAGGUACGGCAGGUCUUGGAUAGAGAUCGCUUCGCCGAUGUUAUCCGAAGCGGCGAACGACGAGAGGUUACCGGCCAAGUUUCUGCGCGAGAAUUACAUCGUCGACCUGAUGGAACAGCCCGGCGAUCUCAUACCGAUCGGUAGCGCUCGAUCCCAGCGGUAUCGCGAGCAGAGGACCUGCUGCGACUUUACCUGCUGUGGAUGAAACUUUUUCUGUACGCUUCUAUAUAAAAAAAAGAAUAUACGUUCGUUCAACGCGCAAA